AACAUCGUGUUACAUACGCUUCAAUCUCAAGUUCUGUAGUAGUAUAAAUCUUUUAAAGCGAUUUAAUUGCUCCAUAAUGUCGGCGAAAAACGAAAAAAUUGGUAUUAUUGGCAGCGGCUUAAUCGGUCGAAGCUGGGCAAUGCUUUUUGCUAGUGUAGGCUACGAAGUGAUUAUUUAUGACAUUGUAAAAGAACAAAUCUUAAGUGCCCUUGAAGAUAUUCAUGUGCAAUUGAAACGUCUCGAAAAUGGCGCUCUUUUAAGAGGCACACUUACCGCGGAUCAACAAUUUAAAUUAAUUAAAGGAUCAUCUAAUUUGACUGAAACUGUAAAAGGCGCUAAACUUAUACAGGAAUGUGUUCCUGAAAAUUUACCAUUGAAACUUAAAGUUUACAAUGAACUUGACAACGUAGUCGAUAAUAAAGUAAUUCUAUCUUCUUCAACGUCUACUUUCCGUCCAUCUUUAUUUAGUGAAAAGUUAAAACAUCGUGAACAAGUUAUUGUAUCGCAUCCGGUGAAUCCUCCUUACUACGUACCCCUUGUAGAAAUUGUACCUGCUCCAUGGACACGUGCUGAUGUACCAGUGCAAACAAAGGCUAUUAUGAGUGAAAUAGGCCAAACACCUGUUGUAUUCAGUAAGGAAAUUGAUGGAUUUGCUUUGAACCGAAUACAAUAUGCGAUUUUAAAUGAAGCAUGGAGAUUAGUAGCCGAUGGAAUAUUAAGUGCGAAAGAUAUAGAUGCAGUUAUGAGUGAAGGUCUCGGAAUGCGGUAUGCAUUCCUUGGAGCUUUUGAAGCCGCGCAUUUAAAUGCAGAAGGAAUGAAAAAGUAUUGCGAAACAUACAAAAAUUCAAUUUAUGAUACAAGCAUGACGUUUGGUCCAGUUCCUAAAUUUGAAGGUGAAAUGGCGGAAAAAAUUAGUAAUGAAUUAAAUGAGAUGUGUCCACUAGAUAAACUUCAAGAAAGGCGUGCAUGGAGAGAUGAAGCUUUGACAAAGUUAUCUUUAUUAAAGAAAGAAAUGAAUAAGAAAAAUAAAUAGUUAAC